AUGCCUUAUGGCCAGUCCCAAGGUUUUGCUUCAAUCACGAUAUUAUCUGCAUUACACAGAGGCACCCACAGCUAUCAUGGCACUCGGUCUCAGGACUAUAUAAGCAUCCAGUGCUUGCUUGAAGGAAUCACAUCCUGCAAAGUCUCAAGUACAAUGAAGGGACUACAUACUCAGGGAAUAUACCUUGAAUUUGUGUAUGUUGCUCUUCCUAAGCCCAAGCUAGACAGGACCAAUCACAUCCUCGUGAGUCUCGGUUUUCUGGCGGUUUCGCUCGCCGUUCCCGAUCGGCUUGGCGUGCAUCAUAACCACUCUCCGCAUGCCCACCCGCCAACCCAGAAUGGUUACAAAUUACCACCACCACCACCCCUGCCUCCUACAUAUGUACCCCCCACCAAAACCCUGCCUUCACCUCCUCCUCCCCCAACCUACCGGCCCUACACCACCGCCCCUCCCACAACCUACCGGCCCUACACCACCGCCCCUCCCACAACCUACCGGCCCUACACCACCGCCCCUCCCACAACCUACCGGCCCUACACCACCGCCCCUCCCACAACCUACCGGCCCUACACCACCGCCCCUCCCACAACCUACCGGCCCUACACCACCGCCCCUCCCCCAACCUACCGGCCCUACACCACCGCCCCUCCCACCACCUACCGGCCCUACACCACCGCCCCUCCCACCACCUACCGGCCCUACACCACCGCCCCUCCCACAACCUACCGGCCCUACACCACCGCCCCUCCCACAACCUACCGGCCCUACACCACCGCCCCUCCCACAACCUACCGGCCCUACACCACCGCCCCUCCCACAACCUACCGGCCCUACACCACCGCCCCUCCCUCAACCUACCGGCCCUACACCACCGCCCCUCCCUCAUCCCCUCCACCGUCGACCUACCUACCCCCCAUCACUGCCAAGCCCCCACCCUAUACAUAUGGGCCACCUGUCACAACAACAGGGAAGCCGAAGUACUGGUUUGAGUGGGAAGUAAACGACCAUUAUUCCGGCAACGAAUAUAACAUGCAGGAACACCGUGACGGAAAAAAGACCGAGGGAUUCUACAACGUUUUGCUUCCCGACACGCGAGUCCAGAGAGUCACUUACACUGUCGACGGCGACUCCGGUUUCGUGGCUGAAGUUACUUACGAAGGAGAGGCGAAGGAACCUACACACGGACAGACUUAUCUUCUUCCUACUCCUCCUACACCUCCUCCUUCCAUCUAUGAUGCUCCUUAUUAUUCUCGAUAAGCUUCUCUCAGAGUAUAUUACUUAAUAUUCUAGCCUUACCAAAAGAAACAUGAAAGAUGUGAAUGACAGACUAACAAUCAUCAGUGAUUUCCUGAUGUAAUCAGAGAACUGAAAUAAAGUUAUUGGCUGUUUUAA